CAUCUUACCCUCUCCCCCCCCACCCCAGCCACCCCGGCUCCCCAGCUCCUCUCCUCUGUCUGCCUCUCCAUCCCUUCAUCAGUCUGUCCCUUCGAAGAGGGGGAGGGGGGUACCUGAGCUAGCAAGCAGCCCCUCCCUCCCCCGUCCUGCGUCUCCUGCCCCUCUCCUGGGCUGGGGGGAGGCCAGGGUCGUGCGGGUCCCCAUGGCCGGGGGCUGAGGGCCCGCCCCCCCUCCUCCCCAGCCGCCACCACCUCCACCUCCCUUCCAUCCUCGACAAGAUGCCUGCCCCGGGCGCCCUCAUCCUUCUCGCGGCCGUCUCCGCCUCCGGCUGCCUGGCGUCUCCGGCCCAUCCCGAUUAUCUUGGGAACUGUAGUCCAAGGAUGAUCAGGAUGGGAGGGGCACGGAGUGCAGAAGCCAGGUGCCUGAAGCGCAGACCCCAGCCCAGCCCUGUGCCUACAGAUGGAUUCGCCUUGGGCCGGGCCCCUCUGGCCCCUCCCUAUGCCGUGGUCCUCAUUUCCUGCUCUGGCCUGUUGGCCUUCAUCUUCCUCCUCCUCACCUGUCUGUGCUGCAAAAGAGGCGAUGUCGGUUUCAAGGAAUUUGAGAACCCUGAAGGGGAGGACUGCUCCGGGGAGUAUACGCCCCCCGCGGAGGAGACCUCCUCCUCACAGUCGCUGCCAGAUGUCUACAUCCUCCCACUGGCUGAGGUCUCCUUGCCAAUGCCUGCCCCGCAGCCUUCACACUCAGACAUGACCACCCCCUUGGGCCUUAGCCGUCAGCACCUCAGCUACCUGCAAGAAAUUGGGAAUGGCUGGUUUGGGAAGGUUAUCCUGGGAGAGAUCUUCUCCGACUACACCCCGGCCCAGGUGGUGGUAAAGGAGCUCAGGGCCAGUGCCGGGCCACUGGAGCAGCGCAAGUUCAUCUCAGAAGCCCAGCCAUACAGGAGCCUGCAGCACCCCAAUGUCCUCCAGUGCCUGGGCUUGUGUGUGGAGACGCUGCCCUUCCUGCUGAUCAUGGAGUUCUGCCAGCUGGGAGAUCUGAAAAGGUACCUUCGGGCCCAGCGGCCCCCUGAAGGCUUAUCCCCGGAACUGCCCCCGCGGGACCUGAGGACACUGCAGAGGAUGGGCCUGGAGAUCGCCCGGGGACUGGCUCACCUGCACUCACACAAUUAUGUGCACAGCGACCUGGCCCUGCGCAACUGUCUGCUGACUUCGGACCUCACGGUGCGCAUAGGAGACUAUGGGCUGGCGCACAGCAACUACAAGGAGGAUUACUACCUGACCCCCGAGCGCCUGUGGAUCCCCUUGCGCUGGGCGGCGCCCGAGCUCCUGGGGGAGCUGCACGGCACCUUCAUGGUGGUAGAUCAGAGCCCUGAGAGUAACAUCUGGUCUUUGGGGGUGACCCUAUGGGAGCUGUUUGAGUUUGGGGCACAGCCUUAUCGCCACCUGUCAGAUGAAGAGGUCCUCGCCUUUGUUGUCCGCCAGCAGCACGUCAAGCUGGCCCGGCCAAGGCUCAAGCUGCCUUAUGCAGACUACUGGUAUGACAUCCUGCAGUCCUGCUGGCGGCCCCCUGCCCAGCGCCCCUCGGCCUCUGAUCUCCAACUGCAGCUCACCUACCUACUCUCCGAGCGGCCCCCCAGGCCCCCACCCCCACCACCCCCACCCCGAGAUGGUCCCUUCCCCUGGCCCUGGCCUCCAUCACACAGCGCACCACGCCCAGGGACCCUAUCCUCACAGUUUCCCCUUCUGGAUGGCUUCCCCGGGGCAGACCCCGACGAUGUGCUCACGGUCACCGAAAGCAGCCGUGGCCUCAACCUCGAGUGCCUAUGGGAGAAGGCCAGGCGUGGAGCUGGCCGGGGUGGAGGGGCACCUGCCUGGCAGCCAGCAUCAGCACCCCCAGCCCCCCACGCCAACCCCUCCAACCCUUUCUACGAGGCCCUGUCCACACCCAGUGUGCUGCCGGUCAUCAGUGCCCGCAGCCCCUCGGUCAGCAGCGAGUACUACAUCCGCCUCGAGGAGCAUGGCUCCCCACCCGAGCCCCUCUUCCCCAACGACUGGGACCCUCUGGACCCAGGCGUGCCUGCUGCCCAAGCCCCCCAGCCCCCCUCGGAGGUCCCCCAGCUGGUGUCCGAGACCUGGGCUUCCCCCCUCUUCCCUGCGCCCCGACCCUUCCAGGCCCAGUCCUCUGCAUCCGGCAGCUUCCUGCUGAGUGGUUGGGACCCCGAGGGCCGGGGCGCUGGGGAGACCUUGGCAGGAGACCCCGCCGAGGUUCUGGGGGAACGGGGGAAUGCCCCAUGGGCCGAAGAGGAGGAGGAGGAGGAAGGCAGUUCCCCAGGAGAGGACAGCAGCAGCCUUGGGGUUGGCCCCGGCCGCCGGGGCCCCCUGCCCUGUCCCCUGUGCAGCCGAGAGGGGGCCUGUUCCUGCCUGCCACUGGAGCGGGGAGAUGCUGUGGCCGGCUGGGGAGGCCACCCUGCCCUUGGGUGUCCUCACCCCCCAGAGGACGAUUCAUCUCUGCGGGCAGAGCGGGGCUCCCUGGCCGACCUGCCCCUGGUCCCCCCCACAUCAGCCCCUACAGAGUUUCUGGACCCCCUCAUGGGGGCCGCAGCACCCCAGUACCCCGGGCGGGGGCCACCUCCCGCUCCACCGCCUCCACCACCACCUCCCCGGGCUCCCGCGGAACCAGCCGCAACUCCCGACCCCCCAUCGGCCGUGGCCAGUCCAGGCUCCGGCCUGUCAUCUCCGGGCCCCAAGCCGGGAGACAGCGGCUACGAGACCGAGACCCCUUUUUCCCCCGAGGGAGCCUUCCCAGGUGGGGAGGCAGCCGAGGAGGAAGGGGUCCCUCGGCCACGGGCUCCCCCCGAGCCACCCGACCCAGGAGCGCCCCGGCCACCCCCAGACCCGGGUCCCCUCCCACUCCCAGGGACUCGGGAGAAACCAACCUUCGUAGUUCAAGUGAGCACCGAGCAGCUGCUGAUGUCCCUGCGGGAGGACGUGACAAGGAACCUCCUAGGAGACAAGGGGGUGACAUCCCGGGAAACAGGACCCAGGAAGGUGGGGAGAGGCCCCGGGAACAGAGAGAAAGUCCUGGGCCUGGACAGGGACCUGCCAGUCCUGGGCGGCGGGAAGAAAGCCCCAAGCCUAAGCCUUCCCGUGAACGGGGUGACAGUGUUGGGGAAUGGGGCCCAGAGAGCCCCAGACAUCGAGGAGAAGCCUGCAGAGAACGGGGGCCUGGGGUCCCCAGAGAAAGAAGUGAAAGUGCUGGCGAAUGGGGAACUGAUGCCACCAAGGAGGGAGAAGGCCCUGGAGAAUGGGGAGCUGAGGUCCCCAGAGGCCGGGGAGAAGGUGCUGGCGAAUGGGGGCCCGAUACCGCCCGAGAUCGAGGAGAAGGUCUCAAAGAAUGGGCUCCUGAGCUUCCCCAGGAACACGGAGAGGCCGACAGAGACUGGGCCUUGGAGAGCCCCAGGGCCCCAGGAGAAGAUGCACGAGAGUGGGGGGCCAGCCCCCGAGACCCUUCUGGAGAGAGCCCCUGUGCCCGGCGAGGUAGCCUCGCCCCAGAACGGCUUGGAGACAUCCCCUGGCCCCCUUGGUCCAGCCCCCAAGAGCGGGAUACUGGACCCCGGGAUGGAGAGGAGAGCCCACGAGACUGGGGGGGUGCCGAGAGCCCCCGGGGCUGGGAGGCUGGACCUCGGGAGUGGGGGCCGAGCCCCAGUGGGCGUCGGGAUGGUCCCCGGCGGAGGCCCCGGAAGCGGCGUGGACGCAAAGGCCGAAUGGGUAGACAACAUGAGGCAACAGCCACUGCCACCGCUGCCGCCUCCGGAAGCCCAGCCGAGGAGGCCGGAGCCAGUGCCCCCGAGAAUCAGGCCGGAAGCAGUCUCCGAGGGAGAGCCCGGGGUCCCAGACAGCAGAGCCGGCGGAGACACGGCACCCAGAGGAGACGGGGACCUCUCCAAGCCCGAGAGGAAGGGCCCCGAGAUGCCACGACUGUUCUUGGACUUGGGACCCCCACAGGGGAACAGCGAGCAGAUCAAAGGUGACCAGUUCAGGAUGAUUGUGAGGGUUGAGUUAGGACCCAGGGCCCAAGCCUGAGUCAGGAACUGAUACAUCCUUCUAGACCAGCGGUCCCGAAGUCAGACUACAGAAGGUACUAGGAAGGGGUGAAGUGGGCUGAGGAAGAGAUUGGGUGGGGGAGAAAUGGCCUUGUCUAUAGGGGCUGCCACAUCCCAGGAAGCCCACCCAGAGUUUGCCAAAUCUGCUGCUUUUCCUUUUGAAAAGGAAUUCCAAGAAAGCCCAGGUGCGUGUGUGUGUGUGUGUGGGGGGGGGGGAUGUUGGCUGCUGGCCUGUGGUCUCUGCUUUAAACUCUCUAGUGAGCUGGGGUGUCUGCCCAGUGCACCACGCUUCCAGCAGCACAGUGUUGAGGGUUGGGGGAAUUAAAAACAGAGGUCAGGACGGGAUCAUAGCUUGGUGGCACAGCACCUACCUGGCAAGUACAAGGUCCUGAGUUCGAUUCCUGAUUACCCCUCUCCCCCAAAAGAGGUUGGGCUGGCUUUGCCACAGAGCUGUGGCCUAUGAGUAGAUAAACAAAGAGGAAGGAUGAACAGCCGAGUCUCCACUGACCAGUGGGGCCUAUGGCUUGGGCAGCAAGGGCCAGGACAGGAGCUGUGGCAGGCCUCGGAGAUGUAUUGGGGGGUUCAUGACCAGUGUCUGAAGACAGCAUGAGCAUGUUAGUUGUUGGCAGCUGUCAGUUUGGGGCUGCUGGGUAGAAAAGGCUAGGAAGAGCUUUUUUCUACUCAAAGAAUUCCUAUUCAUUGCCCUACCUAAGUGCCCCUCCCUGCCCCACCUUCCCUGGGAAGCUGACCUGGCUUCUGAAGGUUGUCACCCUGCCCUUUCUCUGAGCACUGUAGGUACCCUUUCUGUGGCACGCCUUUUAUCCCAUCAUCUGAGGUCAGGUUUGGGUUGGAAGAGAGAUACUUUCCUCCAGGGAUCCAAAAUCCUUUGCUCCCUGCAGGCUGAGACUGGAGAGCCAGGGCAGAACAGGAGUUUGGAGAUGGUUAGAGGCCACAACUUUGGCUAGCAAGGACCAGUGAGGGAAGUACUUGGCCAGGAACGCAGCAGGGAACAUCCCAUUAACCCCAACAGACCUGAGUACUUCUGCGUGUCCUGCUGGGAGAUCUCUGAGGGCUGGGAAGGCCCAGAGCCCCAGGACCAGCAGGAAUUGAACCAGAAAA